UAAGAGCCAUAUUUAAAAAUACUUUUAGUUUGUUUACUUUGUUAUUUUGUUAAAAUAGGGAAAUUGAGAACUGUUUAGAUGUAGACAUUUUUUCUUGUAUUCCAUUGCAGUGCUAUGAAACUCACACAUUUACACCGGAUUGAGUUUAAAAACUUUAAAGUACUUGAAAUAUGCAUUGUGCAGCAGUAUUGGAUUGGGACUCGGUAUUGGCAGAUACUCAGUAUCAAAUGACUUGUUUUGGGGCAAAAAACUUGAUUGGGACAUCCCUACUAAUAAGACUGUAACAAAGAGCUAUGUUUUAAGAGCUUAAAAAAGUAAAAAGCUAUAAUUUUCCAGAUGUCAAUAAGGCCUCAUUUUUCUCCUUCAUCAAGCAUCAUUUACACCACGUAUUCCCAAAAGUUCACCCCUUCAGCUUCUUUGUUGUCCUAAUUUGGCUUCAUGUCCGGACAACACAGUUAUAAACAUGAAGUCACUGUGGCUGCACAUCAGAGCUCUGGCAGAUCUCUCGGGAACCACCAACACUUUUCCUCUUCCCCCAGUGCAGAUGUCUGUAGAUGGAGUCAAACACGGACACAGUGUAGCGUGCAAACAAGCUGGUCCACUUCACUGCAUCCACCAUCCACUGCACGGUGCGCCCCACAAAGGCCACAAACAUUGUGGUGUAGUGGGCCAGCAGCAGCAGACUCCUCCCCAGCUGUCUGCCGCUGUUGAUGAUCCGGUUGACUCUUUGGUCAUGUCCUGCCAUGAUUAGUCUUCUGUAAGAUUCCAGGUGUAGAUUUUUUUGUGUGCUUAAGGGCUCAUUUUUUUCGUUUUUUGAAAGUAUAUAUUUAUGCAGAUACUCCCUAAAAAAAAGAGCAGACGCCCUGGAAUUUGCUCACAGUCCCUUGGAUGUCGCCGUCCAAUCAAAGCAAAGGAAGUUUUGUUUCCGGGAGUGUUUGGUGAUGUGGCUAAGCGCUGACAUCCAUCCGAGGAAAUAUAUCAAAUAAAAAGCUGAUACAUUCACCUGGGAAGCACUCGAACAGUGCCAUCUUUAUGUUCAGCCGUCUGGCCACGGUCCUCCAGGAGCUCUCUGGAGAGGAGGCCGCAGAUGGAGACCCACAGGGCAUGCUGGUGCCUCAGCUCCCUGCCGGAGAAGUCCCGGCUUCAGCGGAGUCUGAGGCACCUGAGGAGGUCAUGGAGAGGCUGGCUCACCUGGAACAACUGGUGGUUCAGCUGAAGGAGCUCAUCCGAGACAAAGACACCGAGCUGUCCAACAAAGAUGCACAGCUCAAGAAUGAGAAAGAAGAAGCUGAAGCUCGCUUCACUAAGCUCAAACUGCAAGCCAAAGCCAAGAUGGCUUCACUAAACAAACAGAUAACUGAGCUAAAAGGACAAGGAGGAGCAACCCAGAGUCCAGACAGCUCUUUUACAGGAGUCGGUGCUGCAGUUGAGGAGGAGCUGCAAGAAGUGAAGAACAAGCUGAGCGAGGAGGAGGCCAACAGCAGAGAGCUGCAGGAGCGACUCCACAACACAGAACAGCUCCUCCAACAGAAGGAGUCUGAAUACGCUGAACAGCUGCAGAAACUUCAGGCUGUGGUGUGUGAGAAGGACGUGCGUUUCCAGGAACAGAUCCAGAAACAUGAAGAAGAGCUGCUGAGGGUGACUAAACAGUCACAGAGUGACAGCGAGCUUCAGCAGGUCCUGAAUGCAGCACAGAGGCGCUGUGAAGAGCUCGAGGAGGCCUUGAUGUCUCGGACCCAAGUGCUGGAAAUGCUGCAGCAGGAAGUGAGCAGCGCUGAUCAGCAGAAACAGAUCUUGACUGCACAGUUCCGGCAGAUGGAGCAGGAGCUGUCCGAGGCCGUCAGGCGGAGGGAGGAGGAGAAACAGCAGUGGGCCGAAGAAGUAGCAGCCCUCCGAGUCAGCCUGGAGGACUUAGAAAGACAGAAAGCGGAGGUGGCGAGGCAAGAGGGCGAGCUGGCCUCCCUGAGAGAGGCGGAGCAUGUUAGUCAGGAGGCUCUGGAGAAGGAGAAGAUGGAAGUGGCCAGACUGGAGAGGGAGCUGGCUCUGAUGAAAGAGGCCGAACUCGCAGUUGCACAAGCGAGCCGCGAUGCUUCAGAGGGCGACAGGGCGGAAAUAGUUCGGCUUGAAAGUGAACUUGCAUUUUUGAGAGAGGAGGUCGUCCAUGCCAGCCGGGACGCUGCAGAGAGGGAGAAGUCAGACGUUGAUAAACUUGAGCGAGAGCUGGCAUCACUGAAGGAGCAGCAUGAAGAUGCCCAGAGGAAGGGUGAGAUCUUGGCUGAGAUUUGGAGACAUCUAUGUCCUCUGGUUCUGGAAGAUGUGCAAGCAGCAGAAGAAGUCCCCUUCCCGGCUGACGUCUCCCUGUUCCUGGACACUGUGCAGUCUGUUGAGACAAAACUGACAAGACUGAAACAUGAACGCAGUGAGAGUGAGGAACGCUGUGCCCAGCUCACCCACACCAUGGAGACCCUUCAGGAACAACUUGACAGAAAAACCACAGAACAGCAGGAGACCAAUGCCAAAAUAGAAGAGCUGGAGCAUCAGAUUGUAACAAUGUCUAAAAGGGACGAUGUGACAGAAGCAGAAGCACAGGACUCAUCUGAAGCUAAAAAAGAACACGUACUGAAACUGGAGCAGCAGCUUUUAGAAAAAGACAACGAGCUGGCUGCGUUGCGAGAAUCGCUCCGACUGGCUAAAGAGCAAAGCUCCAGUGGAGCUGCAUCAUGUGAAAACUACAGUAAGACUCCAGAUCAGGGUCCGAGUGACAGCUCUGAAGCCCUGCGUGACUUCAUGGAGGAUACACAGGAAGAAGAGACCACCUUAGUUGCUGAAGACACCUCUGUCCUCUCCAUCUCUGCUGAUAAUGAAAGCAGCCCAGAGCUUAUCGGACACCAGUCUGAGUCCCCAGAAGAAUCCAAAGCGACCUCCUCAGACGAGAUGGUCGCCAGCAGUGAUUCAGAGGUGGCUCACAGCAGCUGGACUCUCCUGGAAGCUGUGAAUCAAGACGGGGGCCAGGAGUGGCCGUCCAUGGUGCAGGACUUGGGCCAGCUGCAGAUGCAGUCGUGGGAGGCGACGAGCGUGGAGCAGGAGACCUCCACAAUUCAAGUUGAGUCUUCCUCCGUAGUCAUCCGGGAGACGGUACAAGUUCACGUAACUCAGCAGAGCUCUUCAAACACAGAUGGUAACCUGCCCUCCGGCCAUGUGUUCGCUCAGGCGUUAGCCGAGGAGCUUCAGAAGAGAUACAGCGAGCUUUUGGCUGAGCUCCAGAGCCUCAGAGACGCAACUGCAGAAUCACAGGAGAAAAUCAAGAGUUUGGAAGAAGAAACUCAGUCCCUUACUGCUGCAAAAGAAGAGGCCGAGUCCCAGGCAAAUAGUUUUGUAGAAGAACUUAAGUCAGCCAGAGAGGAGUUAGACAAGCUCUCUCAGCAAAGCAGCUCUGGUGUGGAGAAACAUGGCGUUGAAAUGCAGCUUCUGGAAGAACAGAUUGAAAUUUUAAGCAGUGAAAGUAAAACCAAGGAGGAGACGAUCCAGGCACUGCAGACAGAUUUGGAAAGAGCCCGCCAAGCUUUCUCCGAGCAGGAGGGGCAGGUCAGGAUGCUGAGCGCUCAGCUGGAGGACAGAGAGCUCCUCUCGUCUGAGCUCGAAAGGAGGCUACAAGAGAUGGAAAAUAGCAUGUUGGAGUACUCUCAGACAUCAGAGCAAAACAACGACACUUUGUCAAAGAAGGACACGGAGAUCAGUGAGCUACAGCUUCGUCUCAGCCAGAAAGAAGAGGAGGUGAUGGAGCUCAACGACAGUAUGUCUGCUAAACUACUCCAAGUAGAAGAGGAGAAGUUCCAGAUGGACAGUGAAGUGAACAAAUUGAAGGGGCAGAUAUUGGAGCUUGAGAAACAGACAGUAAGUCCUGAGGACUCCGCUCAUGUAGAUGAUGAACUCGUUAUUGUGCGAAAGGAGAAAGCAGCUGUGGAAACCCAACUGGCAGCCACAAAGAAGAAGUUACAGGCAGCUCUUGUGCAACGCAAGGAGCUCAUGAAGAAGGUUGCAGAUUUUGAGGUAGAAGCAAAGAAAUGGAAGGAACAGGAAGAAACGGCAAAGGGAGAAACUCCUGGAGAGGUAGAACAGUCUAGAGGACAUGAGAUUCAGGAAAUGGAGGUUAAACUCCUCAAACUGGAGCAAGCUUUAAGAUCCAAAGAAGAGGCAGUUGAGACUCUAGAGCUGAAAAUCAGCCAGCAGGACCAAGUUCUCACCGAGACGCUCGCUCUGAAUAAAAAGCUAAGCGAAGACGCUGAAAACUCUCAACAGGCGUCUGAAAGUUCUGAAAUGAUGGCGCUACAAUCCCAAGUGGCCUCUCUUGAAGCAGAGUGUGAAACGCUUCAGAAGAAAGUCCAGGAGGCCCAAGAGUCUCGCAAGGAAACUAUCCGCAAAGCAAAAGAGAAAGACAGGCACCACCGCGAGCAGCUGAAGCAGCAGAAAGAUGAAUACAGCGAGCUUUCAGAGCGUUUUGAGGCGCAGAGUGGCGAGCAAGAAGUACUCCUGACUAAGCUGAGAGAAUUUGAAGAAAAGGCAAUCGCAGAUAAAGACACUAUCCAAGAGGUCAAACAAGUAGCUGAGAAUUUGGCAAAGCAAGCAGCCAGUGAGUGGGUCCAGGAGGAUUGGGUGGAUUUUGCAGCAUCGGAGACUGAUUCAUCGCAACCACAAUCCAGUGAUCCAGCUCAGCAUCCUGCAGAGCAGUCUGAUGUCCUUUCUGCACAAGUGAGCGAAUCUGUGAAUGCGCUCAGAGAAGAGAUCCAGACUCUCCAGGUGGCUAACACCGAGCUAGAGAACAGGCUGCAAGAAACUCACACCAGUUUGUCCCUGAAGGAGGCAGAGUUAUUGGAACUGGGCAGAGAGCUGGAAGCACUGAGAGAAAAGGAAAAACAGAUUGAUGCACUCUCAGAGGAAGUUAACAAUCUUCGAGAAAAGUAUCACCAAGCUGAGUCUUACGCUGAAACACUGAAAGCGGAGAUGAAAGCUGCAGCAGAUGCAGCAUCUGCAGAUUCCAGAUCCUCCAUUUCAACUCUUCAGACCCAACUGGAGGACUUCAAGCAGUUCCUCGACAAUAAAAACCAUGAGAUCUCGGAGCUUAGCCAGCAGCUGAGCGAGCAGAACUCUCUCAUACACUCGAUGCAGGACACAGUGUCUCAGAAGGAUCAGCUGAUAUCAUCUUUACAGGAAGAACUGAAGGCCGAGCAAGAAAAAACCCAAAAGUUGGAGGUCGAGGUUCCACAAAAGCAAGAGGAAGACAGCGAGGCGAAGACCCAGCAGCUUCAGCGGAAGCUUCAGGCGGCGCUGAUUUCUCGCAAAGAAGCCUUGAAGGAAAACAAAACCCAGAAGGAGCAACUUGCUUCAACUGAGAAGCUCAUGGCAGAGCUGCAGCAGAAAAUGGAGUCAGCAGAAGAUGAGCUGGAGAAGCUUAGAGCAGAAAGAGUCAGACUGAUUGAUGAGGUCGAUCGGACAUUACUGGAAAACCAAAGCUUGGGAUCAUCCUGUGAGAGCCUCAAACUUGCGAUGGAGGGGAUACUGAGCGAGAAAGACGCCUGUAAGAGAGAAGUAGAACUGGCGAAAGAAGAGGCCACCAGGAACUGCAGAGAAUGGGAGGAAAAGGUUCAAGGCAUGAAGGACGAGUACGAGACUCUGCUCAAGUCAUACGAGAACGUGAGCGAUGAGGCGGAGCGAGUGAGACGAGUCCUGGAAGCAGCAAGGCAGGAGAGACAAGAGCUGGCGGCCAGGGUGAGGACACACGAGGCUGGGAGACAGGAAGCUGAAAGACAGGCAGAGGAGGCGCAGAAAGAGGUGGAUGUGGUGAAAGACAAAAUGAGAAAGUUUGCCAAAACAAAGCAGCAGAAAAUACUGGAGUUGGAGGAGGAGAAUGAGAAACUCAGAGAAAUGCAAGACAAGACUGUAGUCAAACGAGAAGACAAAGCUCUUAAAGCUGAAGUGGAACGACUUCAGGAUGAGCUGGGGGCUCUGAGAGCUGAGUUGGAUGCCACAGUGGCAGAAAAAGACUCUUUAGGGCAGCAGAUUGAGGAGUUAAAGGAGCAACUUGCCCAAACAGAAAAGAAAGAGGACACUGUGAUUCAAGCUGUUGUAGAGGAAGUCGUCUCUGCGCAGCAAUCAGACAUAAUCAUAACCAAAGCAGAGCCUGAGGAUGUAGAAAAAGCCUUCGAAGAUACACCAGCUGAUCAAAUAGCUGCAGUGCAUGCACCAGAAACACUCUCACAACCUCCCGAGGAGAAAGAAAAAGCAGAACCAGCUGAGAGUGUUCAAUUAGAGGAUAAAAUGAGGGAGAUGGAGGCAGCUGUUAACACAGAGAGGGAACUUUGGAAGCAACAGGAGGCCGGACUCAAAGCUGAGCUGGCCUCUCUUGAACGAGAUCUUCAGGAGAGUAAAGAAAAGGAGAGCCUUGUGGACUCUCUACAGAAAUGCGUUGAAGAGGGCAAAGAAAGAGAAAAGAGUCUGAUUGAAGAGGCUUCAAAGAGGGAAGCUCAGUUCAAGGAGCUGCUCAAAAGCCUCGAAACUGAGAAGGACAACCUGGAGGAGCGUCUGAUGAACCAGUUGGCUCAGCUCAACGGGAGCAUCGCCGGCUACCAGCAGGAGGCCGCGGACAACCGGGAGCACCUUGCCCAGCUGCAGCGGGAGGUUGAGAGGUUAGAGAGGGAGCGGGCAGAGCUGGAGGCAAAGGCUCAGAGUGAAAGCGACCGGGCUGCAAGGCUGGAAGAGGACAUGAGGCAAGCGCAGAGGGAGAGAGCUGAAGCGGAGGCAGAGUCUGGGAAGCAGAGGGAGCUGGAGCAACAGCUGAGGUCCGCUCAGAGGGUGAGAGAAGGCAGUCAGAGCCGAGCGCGGCAGCUGGAGGAGCUGCUGAGGGAGAAGCAGCUGGAGGUGCGUCAGCUGCAGAAGGACUGCAUCAAGUAUCAGGAGAGGAUCAGUGAGCUGGGUCGGGAGGCUAAGGCGCUGCAGAUCGGCCACGAUGAGCUCCAAAACAAGCUGGCACAGUCCCUACUGGAGACUUCGAAAACUUCAGAUGACCUGAAAAGGACUGAAGCAGAGUUGGAGAGCUGCAGAUCUCAGCUGGAUGAAGCUAAAAAGCAGGCAAGUGAGGCAUUAGCUGAGAAAACAGCCCUUGAACAGAAUGCGCAACAGAAAGAGGCCCUAAUGAAAGCUGAAGCUGAGCAAACCCUCGACUCUGUGAGAUUCAGACUUGGAGCAGAGCUGAAGGAGAUGGAGCUGCGGCUGGAAGAGGUGGACAGAGAAAGAGAAAAGGAAGAGGAAGCUACUUUAGAGGCGAGAGAGAUCGCAGAAGCAGCUGAGAGACGCGCCCAGGAGAUGCAAGCCCGUCUGGAUGAGUCGUUGGCCCGGUUAGCUGCAUUCUCGCGCUGCAUGUCCUCACUGCAAGACGAUCGGGACAGAGUGUUGGACGAAGCCAAACAGUGGGAGACUCGGUUUAAUGAUGCUCUACAGGGUAAGGAGGCUGAAAUUCGGGAGGCUGAGACACGCACCAAGGAGCUAGCAGAACAGCUUCAGAGAGAAUUGGCGCUGAAAGAGGAACUUCAGCUGUCAGUGGACAGACUUCAGAAAGCAGACAAAGACUGGCAGCUGAAACUGGAAGAGACGGAAAAGAAAGUAGCGGAGAGCCAAGCUGCCCUGGAGGAAGAGAAGAGCAAGCUUCAGCAAACUACAGCUGAGCUGCAGGCUGCACAAAACGAGGCCCGUGCUCUGAAAACUGAGGUGGAGAGCCUGAAUCAGAGGGCCAGAGCUCUGGAGGAGGCUGUGGGUCGGCUGCAGGGUGAAGUCGACCAGGCCAGGACCGAGCUGAGGGAGAGGGAGGCAGAAGAGAGGCGGCUGUGCCUGAACGUGGAGCAGCUAGAGACAGACCUGAGGUCCUCUAAAGCUUUGACAGAGAGUCUGCAGACGGAGUUACAUGAGAAGGAGAGGAGGGAGGUGGAAAUGCUGGGGGAGAAGGAGCAAGCUGUUGCUCAGGCUGCAGAGGAGGCGAGAAAGGAGGCGGACAGCAGGGCACAGGGAGCUGAGGAGGAGCUGGAGCAGAGAAGAGGGGAGGUGCGUGACUUGGAGGAGAAACUGAGAAAGGCAGAGGAGGAAAGCAACAACAGAAAAGCCAGACUGGACUCUUUCAUGAAGGCCAUGGGCUCCCUGCAGGACGACAGAGACAGAGUCCUCAACACGUACAAGCAGCUGGAGGAGAAACACCUGCAGGUGAUGAUGGAGAAGGACGGUCUGAUCCAGGAGGCGGCAGGAGAAAACAACAGCCUGAAAGAGGAGCUGCGCUCUCUGCUGGUUCAGAGAGACGACCUGUACGCUGAAAAGGCCCAGCUGUCCGCUCAGCUUCACGGCUACAGAGAUGAACUCAACCAAGUCUUGAGCAUGAAGGACUCCCAACACAAACAGCUUCUGGCAGCUCAGCGAAGGCAAAUCACCUCUCUGGAAAAGGAGCGUGAGGAACUGCAAAGUCAGUUUGAGAGCGUCAGCAGAGCCAGAGAGACGGAGAUAGAAACAGUCAGAGUGGAGAGGGAGACUCUUAGCCAGGCGGCUGACCUCAGGACGGCUCCACAGGUGAUAGACGCUCCUGGUGCUGAGGUGGAGAAGCUGAGGGAGCAGCUGCAAGCAGCGAGAGAACAGGUGGAGGCUUUGGAGGAGACCCUCCAGAAGGAGAGACAAGAGCAGGAGAGCAGGAGCAAAGAGCUCGCCGAGCUGCGAUGGGAGGGAGGCGUGAUGCGGACAGAGUCGGAGAGCGCUCAGGAGAGGGUGGCCGAGCUGGCCAAAGACUUGCUGGUUGUCGAACAGAGUCUGCUGGAGGAGAGAGAGGUGACGACGCAGCUGAGAGCCGAGAAUCAGUCCUUUUCCAAAGCCAUGUCGUCCCUCCAGGACAGCAGGGACCAGGCGGUGAGCAAGGCCCAGGAGCUGAGCCUGAAGCUGGAGGAGAUGAGCAAAGCAGGUGGACACGCAGCGCACAGCAGCUCCGCAGGCGCCACUGGAGAAGUGUGGGGGCUGAAGAACGCACUGCAAGCCCUGCAGAACGACAGGGAGCGACUGCUGGAGCAACUUCAAGCACAGACGUCUGAGAUCAAGAAGCAGAAGUCGGAGCUUGGUCGACUGGGAGCAGGAGAGCUGAUUAAAGUCAGCCAGGAGCUGUUUGAGGAGAAGAAGAAGAAUGAAGACAUGCUGGGCGUCUUAGCGCAGCUGGAGAAUGUGGCGGAAAUGGGCAAACAGGAAAUAGAAACUCUCAGACUGGAGCGUAUGGACUGGAUGGCUCAAGCAGAGCAGCUGAAGCAGCAGACCCUCGCCACACUCUCGGAGAGGGACCAACAACUGCGGCAACUCUCCGCCAUGCUGGAGGAGGCCCGCACGCAAAAGCCCAAAAUACAACAAGAGCACUACCAGAGAGAGGGUACAGAGGAGGUGGACAGCGCUCCCGGAGCUCCACAGGAGCGAAGCAGCGUCAUCGACAGCAACGCCUACAUGGCUGAGGUCAAAGAGCUGCAGAGAAGGCUGGAUGAAGAGAUGCAGCUGAGGACGGCUGCUGAGGAGCAGCUGAUGGCCACACAGGACCGACUCAAACGUCACAGUCAGACUAAAUGGCACUCUGCACACGACGAGGAUCACUCAGAGACCGCUGUCCUUAUCGAGCCGGAAGGAGUUGUCACUCGAACUCGGAGAAGCAGCCCGGGUUUGAUGCGGAUGCUCCGAGUGGCCUUCUGCUCCCGCCAGCGCACCCCUCUGCUGUUCAGCAUCUAUCUGCUCACUGUGCACGUCCUGCUGCUGCUGUGUCUGGGCGGAUACCUCUGAAACCAGCUCCUUAAAAAACAAAAAACUCACAGAUAAAGAAAGAGAGGAGAGGUGAGAAAAUGGAAAUGUGACACAGACCUAACCCAAGCCAUCAGUAUGUUUUAUAUUGUUACAUGUGAUGAAUUACAGGAGGGUGUGAGGGAAGUUCGACACUCAAACACUGCACUUUACAGGACGUAGUCUGUUAGCCAAAGUAUGUAGGUUUAUUUAGGGAGCUGUUGUCAUUAGUUUUAAUGUUGCUCAUGUUUUUUUUUUUUUGAGGGAAACCAAGCAAAGAGGGUUUUUUUCUUUUUAAAAAUCGAUGGUUUUAGAGGAAAAAAGUAGAUCCGUAAUCAAGUUUGUUGGCAGAUGGUGUUUUUCACGUGCCUUUAGAUUUGGACAUAAAAAAGGGUUACUUUGACUUAGAGCAAAAGUUUGAUAUUUUUGGGGACCAAGCCAGUUUAUUUGUCCAUUAAAUAUGACGCCACAGCCAGCAAACAGUUAGCUUAGCAUUAACUUAGCAUGGCUGUGUCAAAGGGUAUCAAAACCCUCCAAAAGAAACUCUAAGGCUCACUGUUGUUCUCUUUAUACAUCAGUUUAUUGAACACGUUAUGACAUAAAAAGUUGCAUUCAUAUGCUCCUUGGAUGGUCCAGAGUUGGGAAGUUUGCAAUAUUGGCGUGUUCAUGACCUUGAAGUCGUAACGUGCAAACAACAUGGACGCGACAACGAAAAUGUUCAUCGAACAUCUGAACACUUGUUGGGCUUCAUCCUCCAGAGUUUGCCUGCUCGCUGUAUGUUAGGAGGAGGUGAUGCUCUUGCCCAAAAGCGAAUGAGCAUUUUUCCUAAAAUGUAUAAUCAUUUUUUAUAGAUGGCUUGAGGUUCAGGGCGUGCUGUUAUAGUCCAGUCUCUUCCUCUUCUGCUCAUUUCAUGCACAAAAAUUGAGCACAGUGCAAUUUCUGUUCUUACACAUUCCUAUUGUGUGUUUUCCUUUUUCUUUUCUUCUGAUACAAAUCACAUUUUACAAAUGGGAGCAUUAUAUCACUCUUUGUACAUAAUGUACAUGUAUUAUGUACAUCAGCUGGAUGUGGGUUUCCCCUCCUUACAUGUCCAAAAAGAGUCCCUGUCCAUGCUUCUGCUGCACAGACUUAGAUUUUACAGUUCGCUCUGUAGUUUUUAUGGCAGAUGAAGCUGCCGUUCAGGUGCAAUGUUACCACAGUGUGGACUCAUUCCAGAGGAGAAAGACUGCUGUGUUUUCUAAUGAUAUCCAUCCCCUUAUAUUCUGCUCUGAUGUAGCAUAAUUUAUUGCUAAUAACAGUUAAAAUUAGCCACCUACAUGUAUAUCAACAUCAUCCUUUUUAUUAUUUAAUCGCUCUCAGUUGGUGAAUUGAUCCUUCUGUACUCGUCUUCUUUUAAUAUUCGACUUCUUUAAAUCUUACACACACUUUAACUGUAAAUAACUGUUUAAAAAGGGCUGUAUAGAAAACUAAAAUGUUAUAAAAGUGGUGGUUUGGAUCAGGGGUAGAUCUGGUCAAACAUAAUUAUUUGAUGAUUUGUUUGUCUGUAGGAAAAACCGACAUUGGGGCUUUUUUGACUCACAGUACGACUUUUGUUCUUUUUAUUUGGGCUCUUUUCAUUUUAAUCCAGAAAAUCAAAACACUUUUUAUUCCUUUAAUUUGUGAAGUCAUUAAGAAUAAAUGGGCUGUCAUUAUUCAGUGAUUUUGCGUGACUUUCAGUAAACAUUUGUACACGUGGGAGCGACGUCAUGACGUACUGUGACAUAAAAACACUACAAUGCUUCUAUAAAUGGGAGGAAGCAUCAUGUAAACACUGUUUUUGUUGACACAUAAAGGUCUUUUGUGAAGAAUUUAGUGGCAUUGUGCGGCCUUGGUUACACUUAGCAACCAACAGAAACUUUUUUUUUUGUCCAUUCUGAGGUGUUGUAGAAAUGUGGCAGACUCUGCCAGCUGGUGGACAAGACUCGCUUCGUAAGUAGUUAUAAAUGGCUCAUUCUAAGGUUAUAUAAAAAAAAGUCAAUAAUUCUUAUUUUCAGGUGAUUAUACACUGAAGAAAACAUGAUUACUAUAUUAUAGUCCAUUCUUGCCAAGAUAUUCCCCUAAAUCCUUCACACCGGACCAUUAAGUCACCAUGGGUUUUUGCAGAAGUGCUUAUAGCACAUAAUAAAGACUUAACAUAUAAA